CGCCAGGUAGCCUAAAGGGGUGCAGGGCUUGGCUCUGGCGGGCGGGUCAGGCUCCUGCUGGGUCUGUGCCGGAGGUGGGAGACCGUUCUUCAGAAUGGAUUGUGUAGAUGAAUAUUCCCAUACUUCUUUUGAUCUACAAUGUUUGUUAAAUUCAUUUCCUGGAGACUUGGAGUUUAAGCAGAUCUUCAGUGACAUUGAUGAACAGAUUGAACAAAAUGCUACCAGCAUUGAGCAUUGCAUUAAAGAAAUACAGAAGGAAGUUAAUAAACAGUGUCCAGAUGUACAGCUGCAAACAGCAACCGACUGCUUCGAAUGGCUGAUUCAUGGUAGUUACAGUACAUCUAAGUCACCUUCUGUUCCCCAUGGAGAUUUGAUAAAAUUCCUCAAAGCAAUGGAAGAUUUAUUGAAGAAUGAACAAAAUCAAGAAGAAAUGAUACUGGAUUUACUUUGGGACCUGUCCUUCCAGAGCAGCGUUUCAUUACCAUCAACUUUAAGUGAAACAUCUUUUCAUUUCCUGUCUAGGACUUCUCUUCAUUCUGUUGAAGAUCAUUCCUCAAUGGAUGUGAAGUCUAUAUGGGAUGAAAUAAGACUGCAUCUUCGAUGCUUCUUAGUUAACAGAUUAGAAAGCCAUAAUGUAAUAAACAGUUCACAGCAAAGAAUUGUAUUGAAAAAUCAGUACAUACAACAAUUCUUGUUUCUCUAUCCAGAAUCAGAAGUUAUCAUCAAGUACCAAAACAUACAGAAUAAACUGUUGGCUAAACUUCUGCAGGACAAUUUUCCUUCUUACAGCAGAGAUUCAAAUUUAGAUGUAAUUGCUCAUGGAUACCAAAGUACAAUGCUUAAAUUAUAUUCAAUGAUAAAAGAGGAUUUUAGCAUUCUGUGUGAAAUUUUAUCUCCAUCCUCAACAGUGAAAUUUAUUAAAGACACUUACUUGGAUACAGUUACAGAAGAAAUGGGAAAAUUUCUUGAAAACUUUUGUGAGCUGCAGUUCAAAGAAAAUGCUGUCCGUGUGGUUAAAACAAGCAAGAGCUCCAGCAAGCGUAGAGGAGCAGUGCAUGCCUUGGUUACUCCUGGAUUCCCACAGAAAGGAAAAAACCUUUUGGUAUCCUUAGAUGAACUCACAUUCUUAUCACAGCUCAUAAAAUCCUUUUUGGAGCUAGAAAACAACAUUCAAGUAUUAUUUGAAGCAACGUUUUUGUCAAUCAAGAUGUCCAGGGAUAUUUCAGGAAUUUUGGAGAAAUCCAAUCAGGAAGUUAUAAUAGAGAAACCUAGAACAAAUGAAACUAGUAUUCCUUCAGAGCAGUUGCUACCAGUAAAAGAGGCUACGUUAUUGGAUUUUGGCUGGAGAUAUGCAUUUAAAGAAGUGUCUCUUCCUAUGGCACAUUGCAUAACCACUACAGUUGCAAAUUUUGCUGCAAAAAUUCUCCAACAGGAGCAAAGUGAAAGGUCUUCAGCUGUGAGCUAUGCUAUGAACCUUGUAAAUGUCCAACAAGUCUGGAAAGACAGUCAUGUGUUUCCUGAGGAUCAACAAUCGAAGAAAAUUGCAAAGUUUUGUUCUGACAUCAUGGAAAAACUUGACACAAUGCUUCCACUGGUUCUGGCAUGCAGAGAUGAUUCUUUUCAGGAAAUGAGAGCAAACUUGGUGGAGGCCUGUUAUAAAGUGGCAACAGCUGUCCUGGAAAGACUGCAAGAGAGAAGCAAGGAGGUUCCUUCCAGAGCACCCCUGAAAAACCUGCUCAUAGUCCUCUCCACAGCAGUAUAUGUCUUCCAGCAUUUCACAAAGUAUGAUAAUUUGAUGAAAGAAACUACUCAGAAACCCAUAUUCCUGGUGCCUGUCCAACGAUAUCAGGAAUUCAUCAACACUCUACAGUUUCAGGUUACGGACUACUGCAUCAGAGUUUGUGCUACAAGCAUUUUACAGGAUGCUGAGAGCCACCACUGGGAUGACUACAAAGCUUUUUAUGAGGGGGAAAGAUGCUCCUUCUCACUCCAGAUGUGGCAUUAUUUCUACUGGGCUCUUCAUCACGAUCUUUGGACCAUUCUUCCCCCUCAGUUAGCCCAGGAGAUCCUAGCAGAAAUGCUGGAAAAAUCCUUGGGUCUACUGGCUUCCAGAUAUGCGUGGGUCCAGCCAAGUUAUAAAAGAACUCCGCAGAUAAGGCUUGAUGUUACAACAAUUUUGAUAUGUGCUGAGAACAUGUUAUGGUCGAUUUGUACAUCUGUACAGAGACUUUUGAAUCCUCAGGAGUAUAAAGAUGAUAAAAUCUUUAAAAUUCAUAUCCAUUGUAAUAAUCUGCUUACAACAUUAGCUAUCUUGGCUUCACCAUUAAGAGAAUUAUAUAAAACUUUUCAGCAUGGCAUGGAUGAGUCUGUUUCAGAUUCCUUAAAAUCACUUUUCAACCAACCAUUACAUUGGGUUUCCUGCAUGUCACAUUUCUACCCUUCCUUACUCAGGACUCCAUCCGCUGGAGGACUGAAAGUCGAGGGUCAAUUGAAACUGCUCUUAUCCCAGCCAACUUGUAACUGGACUCUACUUCUGGAAACCCUGCUGCGUAAUGAUGGUCUUUUAUCAACAAUCUUGUUGAAGAGUUCAAAACAAAUUUCUGACACAGAAAAUAAGCUGACCCAAGGAUCCAGCCUGAUAGAAGCCAUCUUUACAGUACUGUACCAUUGUAAUUAUUCUCCAGAAAUAUUUGGAAAUGUUUUUGUGAGUUACAUGGAAGAAGAACAAUUAUGGGACUUCUUAUAUAACAUUCCAGUGUGCAUGGAGUCUGAGCCAGAGGUCAUCCGAUGCUUGCGAUUGGCAUUGACUGAUGGUAUCAGAGACAUCAUACAGCAGGUAAUAUCUUUGAUGAACUGUGGAAGAACUUGUGAGACAAACACAAGCAACCACAGGGUUCCCAAUCAUUUGCUCCAGAGCAUUCCAAAAGAAUGGAAUUACAUUCCAAAAGAAUGGAAAAGGAAAGAAUCAAGCAAAGGCUUCACCAGGCUUGCUGCUAAGGCAGUAUCUAUUGUAAUCAGCAAGUUACCUACGGUGAUUGCAUGUUUGCCUCCCCCAAUUAAAUACUUCUUUUUUCUGUCUGAGAGAAAAAUGUCAAAAAACUUUGUUGCAUUGAAGAAAGCUGGACUGCUUGUGUGGAACUUGAUUGUAAUUACAUGUCGGAUAUUUGAGGAUGGAAACACUGUGGAACUUUUAACAGGUGCCUCCCUUGACAGAUGGAGUAAGGAGAAGCUCAGUUUAAUUUGCGUGUGUUUGGAAAGCAUCAUGGGUGAGCAAAGUAGCCCUAAUCAAAUGACCCGAAAGGUCAUGCAGAGCAUCGAGCAGCAAAAGCCCAACUGGAUUGAACGCCAAUUGUUGAAAGCAAGGAAUUUGAGCACUGAAUGUGCAUUUAUGACAGUGGAGAAAAGCACAGUUUCAGAAGAAGGAGAUACUGCUCUUGAACUGACUGAGCAGAAAAUAAACACGAUGGUCCUGGAUCUCUGCCACAAACCAGGUGGCAGCAAGUACCUGAGGCAAAUUUAUCACAUCAUGCAGCUCAAUGAGGAAUAUUUAAAACAACAACUGUUUUCUAUGAAUGGUUCAGAGAAAAAGUCAUUACCCAUCCGACCUUUAAAGAUGACACUGAAGAGUGUGGAAGAUCAGCCUUCUGCCUUUAACCCUUUCCAUGUAUAUAAGGUGUUUAGAGAAAACAUGCUAGAUCAGUCAGCCAUCGCGAAAUGGAACUGGAAUUGGUCAAAGUUGCUGCCAAAUUAUCUGGGACUCGACAAGAUGACCUUCAAUGUACUGCUCAAAAACAGAUGGGAGAUGAGGAAGGAUGAGACACUGAAAGAGGAAGAAAAAGUGAUGCUGGAACAUUUAAAACGAAUUUGCACCAUACAGAACUCUUCUGCCUCAGAUAACACAGAGGAUCAGUAAUCUGCAGAAAACAGCAACAGCUUUAUUUUAGGAAACAAUCUCAUGUAAUGGAGUAGGAUUUUUACUAUAGUUGGAAUGAAUCUCAGAUGUGCCGUGAAGCAUGAAACCAAUGACUGAGUAAUCUCUGUACUGAAAAGGAAUACUGUGCAUAAAGAAUAAAGUGCUCCAUAUUUUUUAUUUUAAAAAUAAUUUCAAAUGUUUGCCUUUCCCCGGUUCUCUCUGUAUAUGAUAAAACUGCUGCCAUCUCCUGUUCCCUUUGAAUUAUGUUUUCCUCCUUUCAGUCUCAAAGUAUCUAUGACAACAGGCAAAAUGUUUGGAAAUCUUUUCCCUGAGGAUUUUUUAAUACAACAUUUGGAUAUUAAGUUGAAUGAAAUCAGAAAAUCCCCUGAGAGUCAUCUGAAAUUUUUAAUUUAAUUUUGCAACUCUAGUCCAAGUCCGGGUGUUAAGUGUCUUUAAUACCUGCUCUUGGAUCAGCCUCCUUCUCCACAUACCUCUUCUUUCUCCAAUUUAUCUUAACCAUAACCACAAAAAGCAUUCUUUUGAGCUAUUAACUUUGUCAUAUCUCUACUUGUGAUGGUUUUCAGUUCUCCUAAAUCUGAUUCAACCUUCUGCACCUAAACCUUCAGGUCCUACAUUACCAAAUGAUUUAAGGGCACACAACUGCCCCAAGUCACAUACUUAACUACCAUUUUCCUCACCAGAAGCCAUCUUUCUCCCAGAGUGAUACUCAGGAGUCAUUCCAGCAGUUCAUGGUCCAUAAUGUCUGUUGCCUUGCUUGUUUGCAUUACAUCAAUAUACACAUGUGUGCAUGCACAAAGGAAACAAAAUGUGUUCUACCACCUUCUCUGUCAAGUAAAAUUAUAGAUAUUUACUAUUUCCUUCCUAUCAGUGCCUGAUGCUAGAUUAUAAAGAUCUCGAAGGGCCUGAGAUAGAAUGUGAAGUCUCCCUUUAUAAAAGGUAUGAUUAAGUAAUGCAUUGAAUGUUUAAAUUUCAAAACAUUUAUUACAAUAAAAGACACACUGCCAUUAAUCGUCCUCAGAAUACUCCCCCUUGCUUUAGGCAUGCUUAUCUUGUCCUUGCUACUUUCUGAAGCAGUUCUGGAAGUACCCUUUCAUAAAUGUCUUUUGUUGUUUUGUCCUGGCUGCUUCCAUGUCCUGAAUGGAUUCUAAGCGUUUACCUUUUAUCUUCCUUUUGACUUUGGAGAAGAGCUAGCAGUUGCAUGGUGUCAGAUUUGGUGAACAAGGUAGAUGAAGAUACACUGAUGUUUUUGACAGAAAUCGCCAUGAACAUUUGAUUAAUGAUGGGUGAUCAUAAAAUAUGGUGAAUAUUUAAUUAUUUUAGAAAUUAUUACAGUAAAAGAUAUAUUGUCAUUACUGUAAUACAAUUUUUAAAAAUGUAAAUACGAUAUCUUUCUAUCACUCUUUGUGACUCCCUUUAUGUUUAUUACUCUGUUACUCAUAGAGUGGGAGAUUAUUAAAUGGCUGCCAGUGAAAGAAGAUAACAAACACAAUGAAACAGUUGAACAAUCUGCAGACAUCUGGGAGAAGCCUUAUGUCACAGGCUAUUUUAGAUCAUAUGACAUCAAACAUCAUGGUUACUGAUGUUCUUAGAUAUAGAACUGUCCAUGCUCCCACAUUCUGUGAUUUUUAUAAAAUAUGUGUAGGCUACAUAAUUUCCAAAGGAAAGUACUCAUGCAUUUUCAAAUAGUAAAAGUUGGGAGUGCAGAGGAGGCCACUGUAGAAAAUGUCUUGCAUCUCUUCUUUAAAUAAAAAUUCAUAAAUGGCCACGUACCAGCUGCCUGCCAAAUAACACAUUUUAUUUUUAAAGAAUGUUAUUUAGUUGGCCAGUAUAAUCAUGAACCAAGUGUUUUCAAAUAUGGUUGAAAUAAUUUCUAAACAUUCUAUGCAGACCAUUUUAAAAGUUGCAGAAAAUUUUUAAUGAAGAUUGUACGUUUCAUCUGAUCUUAUCUAUAUACUGUGUAGCAAUCAAUAUAAGGUAAUAGUUGAUGAUUCCUUCAGCUAAUUGGUAGUCUAUGGUUUGGAAGACCAGACACUAAAAUGGAAAGUCAAAAUGAAAAUAAAUCAAUCUAAGAAACCAAACUAAACAAUCUCAUAAAGUUACAGAAUUUCACAUUUGGAUUAACUUCUGAUAUAUCUAAAGGUCAUCUUUUAAAGUUGUUUUUCUUUUUCUUUUCUUUUUUCUGUGUUACUGAAGAUUGAAUCCAAUGGUGCUCUACCACUGAGCUACAUCCUCAAGUCUUUUUUUCCCUUCCUUCUUUCCUUCCUUCCUCCCUUCCUUUUUAGACAGGAUCUUUCUAAGUUGCCCAGAUGAAACUCUAACUUGCAAUCCUUCUGCCUCAAGUGCUAAUAUUACAGACAUGUACUUGUUCUUUGAAUCUGUGUAUUUCUGUCCUGAUUCUAGGAUGAAAUUUAGUUUCUGGGCAGGGGAGGGGGGCAUUUUUCUAUGAUUUCCAUUGGAAAGAGAAAUAUAAUAGGGGAAGAAUGAAAUGAUUUCAAAAGAAAAGUGGAGGAGAAGGAAAGCUUACAACUGAACUCUGUUUUAUACUUGCUCAGUGAAAAUACUAUAGACAUAAGUACAACGAAGUUUAUAAUUGGGAAUGUGAAAUGAUGUCAUUGAUUUAGUGUGUCAUUUUGACUUUAUACAUAAUAUGUUUUAAAGAAUAAGUAGUAUUGGGCCAGGGAUUUAGCUCAGUGGUUCUGUCGCCUGCCUUGCAAGCGCAAGGACCUGAGUUUGAUCCCUGGUACCCAAAAAAAAGGAAUAAGUAGUAUUUCAAGACCAUAUUCUUUCUCACAUUUAUUUUACAUUUGUGUAAGUUAACAACAGAAAUGAAGCUUAACAUUUUAUAAUUCCCCAUAUGCCUAUUACAAAAAUAUUAUUUUAUAAAAUGUUAUCUUCCUUCUGUGUUCUGUGUAACUAUUUUUAUAUAAUUAUAAACAGAUGUCCAUUUCAUUAUUGGUUUAGCAGUUACUAUAUGGAAAUAGUAUGAAUUAAUUUUUAAAUAAGUUAUAAAUGAAAUCUA